ACAGAGGCUGCCAGACCUGUUGAGAAUGUAUGGACUCUGAGGGCUAACUCCUGGACUGAAGAUGACUGAAUUCAGUCCCCUAAUCUAUGUGCUCCUGCUGGAUGUUAGUGCUACCUGGAUCCUGAGUAUCAGCCUGCAACACUGGAGCCUGUGUGAGCCAGUGCUGGCUCUCUGGCUCACAUCACUGCUGCGGCUGGGCCUGCUAUGUGCCUUACUCCAAGCUUUCCCACAGUGCGCAUUGAGGCUCUCGGCCUGGCUACAGUGGAGGGACCUGUACUGGAUGCUGGCUAUGUCCUGCCUACUCACUCCAGUGUACGUCAGCCUGACGAUGGCUGCUCAGGUCCCCUCGGGUGAACUCCUGUAUGGAUCCCACAACUGGAGUGUGCUGGCCCUCAACUACGUCACCACGGGCCUGGUCUUCCUCUUUUGCCAGCACUUCCUCCCGGACCAGAACUCAGUGGAUAAGGCGGGAUCGAGGGGCACCCUGACCAGAUUGCUGUCUUACAUGAAGCCGGAUAUCGGCCGGUUCCUCCUAGUGGCUGUCUUCCUGGUCCUGUCAUCACUGGGGGAGAUGGCGAUACCCUAUUACACUGGGCGGAUGACAGACUGGGUGAUGAAUGAAGAGGACCCAUCAGCAUUCACCAAUUCCAUCAUAGCUAUGUCCCUUAUCACCAGUGGCAGUGCUUUGACGGAGUUUGUUUGUGACUGUAUCUAUAAUGUUACAAUGACUGGGAUCCACACUCGUUUCCAGAGCUCUGUGUUUCGAUCUGUGGUGCAGCAGGAGAUUGCCUUCUUCGACACUGUGCACACAGGUGAUAUCACGUCUCGUGUCACCACGGAUACGAACACAAUGAGUGAGUCGUUGACAGAGAAGUUGAGCCUGCUGAUGUGGUAUCUGAUGCGGGCGGGCUGUCUCCUUGUCUUCAUGGUCAACUUGUCAUUUAAGCUCACCCUUUUCACAAUCAUCGGGACGUUCAUCAUCAGCAUCAUCCCUAAGUACACCGGAAAGUACUAUCAGAAACUCUCUGCCGAGGUACAGGAGUCUCUUGCGAACGCUAAUGAUGUUGCAGUGGAAACCUUUUCAUCCAUGAAGACUGUGCGCAGCUUUGCGAGUGAGGAUGGUCAGGCUCGGCGAUACGCUGACCGUCUUGAGGAUACCUACAGACUCAAUAAGAAGGAGGCAGCAGCCUACGCUGGCUUCAUGUGGACGAACAGUCUCUCGGACCUGGUGCUGAAAGUUAGCCUCUUGUACUGCGGUGGUUGCCUGGUGGCAACAGGAAAUGUCACAACUGGGGAUCUCGUCUCCCUCAUAUUCUACGAGCUGCAGUUUACCACGGCUGUUGAGGUCCUGAUGUCAGUCUACCCGAAUGUGAAGAAAGCUAUUGGGGCCUCGGAGAAGGUUUUCGAAUAUAUGGAUCGUACGCCUGCCCUUUCCACAGUGGGGACCCUUGCCCCUGAUAGGCUGAGAGGCCACAUUCAGUUCAAUAAUGUGACGUUCGCCUACCCCACGCGAGCAGACACCCAAGUGUUGAAGAAUGUGUCCUUUGAGCUGAAGCGUGGAGAGAUCACAGCCCUGGUGGGUCCCUCUGGUGGCGGGAAGACUACCUGUGUGGCUCUGCUGGAGCGAUUUUAUCAACCACAGUCUGGAGAGAUUCUGCUGGAUGGGAUACCAAUUGAGGAAUAUGAACACAAAUAUUAUCAUAACAAGGUGGCUCUUGUGAGUCAGGAGCCCGUGCUGUUUGCUCGCUCAGUGGAGACAAACAUUGCCUACGGACUUGAUGGGAAACCCACGCAAGCGGUAAAACGUGCAGCGGAGCGCGCUGAUGCUGACCGGUUCAUCUCUAAACUGAAAGAUCAAUAUAAAACCGACGCUGGUGAGAAGGGCGGCCAGCUGUCUGGGGGACAGAAACAGCGAGUAGCCAUUGCACGUGCUCUAAUCCGAGACCCCCAGGUGCUGAUCCUCGAUGAUGCCACCAGCUGCCUGGACGCAGAGAGUGAACACACGGUCCUGCGAUCUGUUUACGAUGGAGAUGGGGAUCGUGCAGUGCUGGUAAUUGCCCACCGCCUCAGUACGAUAGAGAGAGCUGACUGGAUUGUGGUGCUGGAGGGCGGGAUUGUGGUGGAACAGGGGACUCACGAGGAGCUACGAGAAAGGGGUGGCUGUUACCAGAGGCUGCUCCGCAAACACUUCCAGGGCUUUGGAAAGAGGAUGGCAGAUGAAGAAAUAGAUGAAAUAGAGAAUUGAAAGAACGGGAGUGUGUAAUAUUUAGUAGUGGGCUGCCUAUGUUAGGCUGGGAUGUCACAGCACAGAGACACAGACAGGGACCAGUCGCAGAUAGAGACCAGAUGCAGACAGAGGCCAGACACAGGGCCCAGUCUGAGUGAUCAGACAGAUUUUUCAUGGCAACUCCUUGACUUUGCAUAUCAAAUGAAGUAUUACAUGUCACCCUGCAUUGUAAACAGCCUGUUGAAUGAUUAGCUUUUAAAUAUUUUGAUGUUUCUGAUGUUACUGAGGUAGGCACUGUUCAAUAAAGAAUACUUGCUGAAA